AGGGAGGACAGAGAAAGAGUAAAGAAGUAGAGAGAGAGACACACCAGAUACAUCACCAAACCCUAAUGUUCUCUCACCCUCACAAAUAUCUUAUCUUUAUAGCUUUUAUAGAUUUACAGAAGCUUCCUUCAGAUUCACAAUCUCAUCAAACACACACAAACCCUUUCAAAAUGAUCUAAAGAAGAAACAAGAACCCUUCUGUACAAUCAAAUCAUAACCAAACCAGAAAGCAAAAGUUCCCUCUUUUACUUUCUUCUUCUUGUUCUUGAGGAAACUAGGGUUUGAUUUUAUUCUCCAAAAGAAAAAGGUCUUUCAUCCAAAAAAGUAAAACCCAACUCGUGUUUGUGUGUGUGUGUCUGAAUAUAGAUAAACAUUUACAUACCCUAAUAAGGUUACAUAUCAAAAUGGGAAGGGGAAGAGUGGAGCUAAAGAGGAUUGAGAACAAGAUUAACAGACAAGUCACGUUUGCUAAGCGCAGGAACGGUUUGCUGAAAAAAGCUUAUGAGCUUUCUGUUCUCUGCGAUGCUGAGGUUUCUCUCAUCGUCUUCUCCAACCGUGGCAAGCUCUAUGAGUUCUGCAGCACCUCCAACAUGCUCAAGACACUGGACAGAUACCAGAAGUGUAGCUAUGGUUCAGUUGAAGUCAACAACAAACCUGCCAAAGAACUCGAGAAUAGCUACAGAGAGUAUUUGAAGCUGAAAGGUAGAUAUGAAAAUCUGCAACUUCAGCAGAGAAAUCUACUUGGAGAGGACCUUGGACCUUUGAACUCAAAGGAGCUAGAGCAGCUUGAGCGUCGACUAGACGGCUCUCUUAAGCAAGUUCGCUGCAUCAAGACGCAGUAUAUGCUUGACCAGCUCACUGACCUCCAAGGCAAAGAGCAUAUGUUGCUUGAAGCCAAUAGAGCUUUGUCAAUUAAGCUGGAAGAUAUGAUCGGCGUGAGGAGUCACCAAAUAGGAGGGGCAUGGGAAGGUGGUGAUCAGCAAAAUGUUGCCUAUGGACAUCAUCAGGCUCAAUCUCAGGGACUAUUCCAGUCUCUUGAAUGUGAUCCCACUUUGCAAAUUGGGUACAGCCAUCCAGUGUGUUCAGAGCAAAUGGCUGUAACAACUCAAGGUCAGAACCAACCAGGAAACGGCUACAUCCCUGGCUGGAUGCUGUGAGUUGAUGCCUCUGAUUUGAUGAUGAGAAUCAGAUGGAUCUUUAGGCGUUCAAGGGGUGGGUUCUUGAUGAUGAAAAUGAGAUGGAUUAUUAUAUGAAUAAGUAUGGAAUGUAAUGAAUUGUGUUUAUGUAUGCUGGAAAAGACUUUUUAUUUGUAGACAUAAGUGGCUAUACAUAGCUGUGAUAGCCUUCAACAUCUCUCUUCUUCCGUUGCAGGAGAUGUUUGUGCCUUUUGAAACCUUGCUUAUAUAUAAACGGAUUGUAAUGUGUGAAAUGUUAACGUUAACCACGUUAUCAUGUCUU